GAUCGGAGUGUGGAGUAUGUUGAACAACAACAAAAUUGAAAAGAGAAGCAAGAAACAGAGGACCGAGGAAUGGUACGGAACGUUGGGGAGGAUAUCGGUCCCGUCCAGCAGACAGGCUAGCCUUUUAAACCUGUCCGACACAGUAACACGCUACACAGUCGAGCCGCAUGAAGAGAUGACAAGGCCCAACGCAUCAACGAAAUCCACGCCAGCAAGCCAUGGAAGCGCUGAGGCAUAUUUGCAAGCGACGGCGCAUGCGGGAUGCAUCAGUGCUUCGGCAUGCCAUGGUCGAAAGAGGAGCUAGCACGGUCCAAAGGAGCGUUG